UCUUAUCCGGAGGGGGGCCAUUGCGCAUUUCCUGGGAUGGGGGAGUUCCCUUCCUGCGGGCUCCCCCACCGCCACCACUCUUCCAGACGCAGUCAAAGAAGACAGCGCUCGGGCAAUGAACCAGAGGCUCCCGAAGUGUCUCCCGUCUUCCGAGGCGGAGGGCAGCUGGCUGGAAGAAUCCUCUUUAUCUCUUUUCUGGAGAGUGUCUAUUCAUAGGGAGAACGUAAACUAAGUUCCAAAAAAUCAGCAAGAGGUGACAACGACUGCUUCUCAGGAAUCUGACUUCCUAGUAGACUCUAAGCUGGUUGCUUCUUUUCUUCACAUUUCCAAAGCCAGAAGUCUAAAUUAAAGUUGAAAUGGAGAAGUGUUCACCUCCUGUUGGAAUGAUUAAGGAAUUCCUAAAUUGCUUACCAUCCAGGAAUGACUGCAUGUAUUUAAAUGGGACGGCUGUGAAGCCCCAGUGCUGGGAAGUCAGACAGCAGGUCCUCCUACCGACUCCACAACAUAAAGAGACAGAUGCAACACCUCCUAAGACAACAGUGGAUGAUAUUCAGAUUUGUGUGGUUUCCUCUGAAAAUUCUCCUGACUCCUUUAAAGAGAAGAAAGCCAACCCUGAAGGGACGGCUGGAAUUGAUUGUGUGAUUACUGUUGAAGAAGAAAUUGAAGUCCAAAGAAGGUCCUCACCAGAAUCUAGAGAUGAUCUCAAGAUUUGCACUGUGCCUGAAUUACAAGACAAGGCCCCAUUGAUGGUCAUAGAUGGAGAGAGGUCUAAAACCUUCACAAAACCUGUUAAAGAUAGCGGCCUCUCCAAAGUUGAAAAGGCCACUCAGACUGAAGUCACCCUGAUAGAGAUGGCUAAGAUCUGUGGGGACUAUAUUCAGAAAUCAGAAGGAUCCAAGGACAUCCUACAGGACAAUCACCAGGCCAUUGUGGUUUCCCAAAACAAACCAAGAGAUUCUGAAGAAGGAAUGAUCCAUUUUACAGAACCUGACAGAGUAGGAGAACCUGAAAAGGCAGCUGGAGACAAGGGAGGUGAAGAGCAAGAAGAGACAAAAGGAGGCCUUGCCCUGGAGCAUGCCCGCCAGGGUUUCCGUUGGUACUGUUACCUAGAAGAUGAGGGACCUCGAAAAGCUUGCAGGCAACUAUUGGACCUUUGCCACAAUUGGUUGAAACCAGAGAGACGUAGUAAGGAACAGAUUCUAGAUCUGCUGGUCCUGGAACAAUUUUUGGCUACCUUGCCCAAAGAAAUACAGAACUGGCUAUGGCAUCAGCACCCGGAAAGUUGUGGGGAAGCUGUCGAGUUGGUGGAAAACUUUCUGACAGGAUUGUCUUUGCUUAAGAGACACGGGGAAAAGGCUCUGGUGACUUUUGAAGAGGUGGCCCUGUAUUUCUCAGAGGAAGAAUGGAAACUCCUAGAUGAAUCUGAGAGGAAGAUUUUCACAAAAGUGAUGAUGGAGAAUUAUGAGAAUGUCCGAGCAUUGGGGUUCCCCACCAAUAAUCCAGAUCUCGUCUUCAAAGUGGGGAGAAAUGAGAACCAGAAACUGAGUACGGAUAAAAUUCAGAACCCUGCAGAAGGUGUAUCUCCAAAAGUCAAAGGAAAGUUGGUGCUUUCAAAUGAAAAGAAGAAGCUGGCAACCCGGAGACAAAAGGAUAUGAAAGAUGUCCUGCCCGCCGGGCCAACGUCUCCAGGAAUUCUCAAGAUUUGUGAUGCCCCUGUUGAUGGUCGCUCUCCCAGAAACCAGAUGGUAAAAACCGUAUGGCCGCAAAUCAUGCCAGGCUUUGUAUGCCCAGACUGUGGCAAAGCAUUCUAUAGCAAAUCGGACAUGGCUCGACACCAGUGGUACCAUUCCAGAAAGAAGCCCUACCAAGUUGUGAGUUGUCCCAAGAGCUUUGCCAAGCCCUCCCACGUGGCCCAGCUUCAGCAUUAUCAACCUGGAGAGCAUCAGUGCUCCAAGUGUGGGAAGCGGUUUACAGAUUGCCAUGGACUGGCGCACCACCAAGCGAUCCAUUCUGACAAGCGACCUUUCCUCUGCCAUCCCAGGGGCUUCUACUUUAACUACAACCUGCGCCAGAGCCAGAACCCAGACCAGCAAGUAACCGCAGCAAAACCCCUCUUUCACUGUUAUCACUGUGGGAGGCAGUUCACUCGCCGCUGUAACCUUAUCCAGCAUUCUCGAGUACAUCAGUAUCAGUGGCAGCCACAAAGGAAGCAGAAGGUGGACCUCCACCCUAGAGACUGCAGCAGGAAACAGCGGGCGGCUACUUCUGAUGCGCGACCUGCUCUCCGCCCCGAGUUACUGACCCUCCCUGAGCUGUGGCCGCUGCUGCCGCUGUUGCCAGCGGCGAGUAGGGCAGGGUCGCAUUGUGGCUCCGUGUCGAUUCGCCAUCCGUGCAUCGCGACAGCCCGAGCGAUGAGUCGUGCACAGCCGCCCAGGCGCCUGGCGAGCACGCACUAUCCGCGCUUCGGUGGCGCUCGGAGCGCUGCGCGUCCUUGCAGCCCCGUCCGCUGCCUCUUUAAGGGGAAAUGGUUAAACACCAUAGAGAAGGGCUCCUUCUCCCUCGCAGUCGGCAGCGGCGGAAGAGGGGAGCUGCGCUGCCAAAAGCACUUCCUCCGCUCUCUCCCAGUCACCCUGAGCCUGCUUGCUGGUGAGCGGAGAUCGGUGCCUCCAUCGAGCGGUGCUUUUUGGGGAGGGCUAGUGGGGCUGUGGAUUAUAGCAUUGCCCCUGAAUGAAGAGGCAGGGGAGAUUGUCCUGAGCAUUGAGCCCAGCAGCCACAUGGAACAGGACGACGCGCCUGCAGUCGAUCUAGCCCCUGUGCCCCGAGGGAAGGGAGAGCGCAGCUACCCCUGCAGCGAAUGUGGGAAGGCAUUCAGCCAGUGGUCCAAGCUAGUGCGCCACCGGCGUAUCCACACAGGGGAGCGUCCCAACACCUGCACGGACUGCGGAAAGUCCUUUACUCAGAGCUCCCACCUCGUUCAGCACCGGCGGACACACACCGGCGAAAAGCCUUACGUCUGCCAGGAUUGCGGCAAGGCCUUUUCCUGGAGCUCCAACCUGGCCCAGCAUCAGCGCACCCACACCGGGGAGAAGCCGUAUGUCUGCCGGGAGUGCGGCAAGGCCUUCUCACAGAGCACCAACCUCAUCAAGCACCAACGUAGCCACACCGGCGAGAAGCCCUACCGUUGCCCUGAGUGCCCCAAAAGCUUCUACCGCUCUUCCGAUCUCAUUCAGCACCAGAUCACGCACACCGGCGAACGCCCCUUCAAGUGUGAAGAGUGCGGGAAAGGAUUCACACAGAGCGCCAACCUGGUCAAACAUCGUAAGAUCCAUGCUGGAGAGAAACCCUUCCGUUGCAACGACUGUGGCAAGACCUUCAUCCAGAGCUCGGAGCUCAUCCAGCACCAGCGCACCCACUCUGGGGAGAAGCCCUACCAGUGCCAGGAAUGUGGCAAACGCUUUGGUCACGGUGCCACCCUGGUCAAGCACCAACGGCUUCACAUGGGGGUGGAGCCCUAUCGCUGCACAGAUUGUGGCAAGACUUUUGGACUCAGCUCUGCACUGGAGCGCCACCGGCGGUGCCACAGCGAAAGCCGCCCGUACGCUUGCGGGGAAUGUGGUCAGAGUUUCUCCUUAGCCUCCAAUCUUACUUUGCACGCUCGUAUCCACCGGGGCGAGAAACCAUACCGAUGUGCUGAUUGUGGUAAGUGCUUUGGCAUGAGCUCCACCCUCAUUCGCCACCAGCGCAUCCACACAGGUGAGAAGCCAUAUGCGUGUUUGGACUGUGGGAAAGCCUUUGUCCGAAGCUCGCACCUCACCCAGCACCGCCGAACGCACACGGGUGAACGGCCGUACCAUUGCGAGGAAUGCGGCCGCCGUUUCUCCCAAAGCUCCAACCUCAUCACCCACCAGCGCAUCCACAUGGAGGAACGGCCCCACAUCUGCCACGGUUGUGGGCAGCGCUUUGCCCUGGAGGAGGAACUGCAGCACCACCAGCAGGAAGAGAAUGGGAAGUGCAAGGAGAAAAGAAAGGCCAAAGAACCAGAGAGAAGUGUUUCCCCCGUAGAGGACCUGUAUGGUAGCAGCCCUGAGGAUGAUGCCCACAUGGAAGAACUUUCAGAGGACAGCAGUAUAACGUGUGCCACAUGCCGUCUGGAUGGAACAGAUGCUGGAGGAGUGGAGCAGAGCCACCGUGCUGUUCAUCUUUGUAAUAUUUGUGGGCAGAGCUUCCAAGAUGCUGAAACGUUAGUGCAGCACGAAGAGAGCCAUACUUCUUACAUCUGCACGGAGUGUGGGAGGAGCUUUGAUGAUGCCGGAACCUUGGCUUGUCAUCAGGAGGACCAUGAAUCUUGGAUAUGUGGCACAUGCGGACAGGUGUGCAGGGAUAGUGUGGCUCUGGUUGAGCACGAAGAAACCCAUUCGCUGCCAAUCAGUAGGGCCUGUAGGGUGAAAGUGAUCGACCGCAAGAGAGAUGGGCAGCAUGAGAGAAGCAGGAAGGGCAAGGAAAAUAUGAAGCGUUCAUUGGUCCAAGAACCCCCCAAGGUCCUGCCGUGCAUCAAUUCCAAGGUUGCGGAAAGAGACCUCAUGGAGCCAGAGGAAGCACAGGACGCUUGGGUCCGUCUUGAGCGUGGAAAAAGCUGCAAGGAUAUCUCAAUCCUAGGGAGUCAUCGGCAGAGUCACAGAAGAUCUCUUGUCUGCUCUGAACAUGGGCAUGGUGAGGUCAACUCCAGACAGGAGAAAUUGUACCAAUGUUCUGAAUGUGAACAGGAUUUUGGAGAUCUGUUGGCCCUGACUUGCCACCAUAGGGAACAGAAGUGUGGGAAUCUGGAUCAGUGUAUGGAGCGUGGUCAGCCCGUGGUGGACACCUCAGCCCUUAUGCUCCACCAGGAAAGGCAGCUGGCGGACAAAGCGCACGAGCAUCUUCAACCCAAAGAAGCUUCCAGCUCUGAAUUAGAUAUUCCUGUACAUCAGAAGAAUCGGACCAAGGAACCUUCUGAUACAGCUCUCACUGACCCUCAAGAAGUCUUGGCAGAAGAGACUUCCAAAGAAAGGGUUCUCUCUAGCUUCAAUCAGGGAAAACCACUGGAAGGUCAGCUGUUUUGGGGCUCCUCAGGUCUUUCCGCCCACCAAGGAACCAUCACGGAUGACAACACUUUCAACAACAAACCUCAGAGAAUCCCCAUGGGACCCUCUGUUGGGCUGCCACAGAGCCAUUCAUCUCCUUCCUUACAAGAAGGUGAGUCCUGCUUGCAUCCACAGGAUGGCUAUAGAGCCAAGAAUCCCUUAGAUAUUUCUUCUUUCAAAGAAGCCUCUAUCCGUGCUCUGAUCUCUCCAAGGACUAGCAUCUUAGACAAGUCUUCUCCGGUAUCCACAGUAAUGACCGCCCUCAUCCAGCAGUCAGGCACCAAACCCUACAAGUGUCAUGAGUGCGAGCAGAGUUUCACCACUGCGGCCGGCUUGUCUCAUCAUCAGAUUGGCCACACAAAAGAACCUUUGCUGAAGUGCCCUGAAUGUGGACAGGGAUUCCCAGAAAGGUGGGCUCUGAUCCAGCACCAGAUGGACCACAGGGUGGAGAAAGACAGAGGGGCCCAUAACCCAUCAUCCCCAAAACAGAAUUGUAACAAAGACAAGGGGAACCCAGAACUUAGGGAGAACUUCACAGGGUUCUCAGCCAUCCUUUUGCAGAGAGGGAACCACAUCUCUGAAAGGAUGCAGCCCAAAGACCAUGGAGCUGAUGGAAAGCAGACCUUGGCUGAUGCCUUGGAGACCUCAGAAUCCUAUUUCAAUCUUGACUUGGGUAAAUCUCCCCGCUCUGGUAGCCUGUUGGCCCAGCACCACAUACGGUCAGAUAAAGGCAGAUAUUUUGUGCGUUCUGAGCCCAGAAAGAUUUCCAGAAACAGUUCACUUUUGCUGCACCAUCUCCAGAACCACACGGUGGAGAAGCCUUGAUGCCCUGAAAUUGCAGGUCAUGUCAGUAUGACUUGUGGUGUUGGCCAUGUUCAUGCUUUCCCCUCCUGGUGAACAGGCCUAUUGAGCUGUGUGGCCCUUUGAUGCAAUUGUCAUUCUUGAAGUCUGCCAACCAGAGGAAAGUUGCCAGCUAGGAACUGUGGGAAUCAUAGCCCCAAAAAGCACCAGGUUGGGGAAGGUUGCUUCCGAUGGAGAUAAGAUACAGACAUUACUCUAUGGAUGGGAUGUGGAGAUGAAACCGGACUGAAACAGAAUGCGCUGUUUGACAGAUGUGCAAGAUGAGAAACCCUUACAGUAUUUCUCUAUCCUCAAAACAGAGCAAAUUUCCUUUCCUUUCCUUUCCUUUCCUUUUCUUUCCCCCUUUUCCUCCCCCUUCCUUCCUUCCUUCCUUCCUUCCUUCCUUCCUUCCUUCCUUCCUUCCUUCCUUCCUUCCUUCCUUAUUUCCUCCCUUUCUUUCUUCUCCCUCCCUCCCUCCCUCCCUCCCUCCCAACAGGCAAAAAACUCAAGAAUGAUGUGAACUCAAAUUUCUGUCAUCUGUACUGGGUGAAUGGAAGCGGAAAUGACUUGAAUUGGGAUUCAUGAUCAGUUUAGAGCAAUGUUUUUUUUUUUAACUUCGCAACUUUAAGAUGUGUGGAUUUCAACUCCCAGAAUUUAAUCCUGGGAAUUGAAAGCCCUAGUAUAUGAGUGUGAAAAAAAUCGAUAGAAAAAGAAAAUGAGUUUUUUUUCCAGAAUCCAUCUCUUUCUCUGGCAUAUUUCAGUGCUUCUCAGAAAAACCUACCCCACUACAAAGAGAUUUCUUGAAAACCGUGAAGAGAGACCUUUAGAUCAAGUGAAAAUUGUCCUUUCUCGCCAAAUGGUGGUUUUCUUAUCACUGGCAAGCUUCUGAAUUUUCCAUGGCUGAUUUUGCAUUCUGUAUUCAUCGGGUUUGUUUUAUUGUACAUUUGAUAGCAAUUUGGAAGCUUCAACUUACAGUCUUCCUCCAACGAAGAUUGCAUUGCCACUUCCAUGCCACCAGAUGGUAUCUGUAAAUCAGAAUACUCAGAUGCAGGCAUCUUCUAGACAGCUGGGCAGUAUAUAAUUUUAAUAAAUAAAUACAUCUUCUACACCAUAGAUUUCUGCUCCUUGGAAUAAAACCUUACAUAGCAAAGAAUUUUGAAGUUUGCUAAAAGGGGUAGGUCUAGGCAGCAUUUAUGAUUUAUUUCCUUGAUGAAGUUCUGGAUAUUCCAGUCUUUCUAUAUUGCCAGUCUCAUAUUGUAGAGAUGAUAAAUAGCAAUAGCACUUAGACUUAUAUACUGCUUCAUAGCGCUUUUACAGCCCUCUUUAAGCGAUUUACAGAGUCAGCCUGUUGUCCCCAGUAAUCUGAUUCCUCAUUUUACCCACCUCGGAAGGAUGGAAGGCUGAGUCAACCUUGACCCAGUUGCAGUCAGCUGAAGUAGCCUGCAGUACUGCACUCGAACCACUGCGCCACCUCAGCUCUUAAAUAAAUGAUGGUUGGCUUAUUGCAGACAGUUUCAGAGAUUUGAUGGGUAUCUCUUGGAUCCAAGUGUACAGCAGUCAGAAUUUGUAAUUAAAAAUUGAUGAACAUAGUGGGUCUUAAAAAUAAAAUUAAUACUGGUAUAGUCAAUCUGAUCACAGGGAGCAAUGCCAGUGUUACGAUUUUUAAAAUUUUUUUCCAGAAAUGGAUGAGUGAUCUUGGUCGAAAAUUGAUUUCUGCCCAAGGUGACUUGAUAAUCUGUCAGCUUGGCUUUUUAUUUUUUAAAGCAAUGUUAUCUCACCCUUGGCAACUUGAAGAUGUGUUGAACUCAACUCCCAGAAUUUCCCAGUCACCUUGCUGCCCAGAAAAUUCUGGGAAUUGAGCAUACAUUUUUAGGCUGCUGAGAUUGAGAAACAUUGUUUUAAAGAAAAAAUAAGUCUGGAAUUAAAACAGAUGGGCUGAAAUUUCAGGAGAGAUGUCCGCUAUGCUGGUUUUGUAAGAGUUUUUUUUUCUCUGUAGUUUAGGAAAUGUUUUACUCAUGAGAUUGGAUGACUAGUUUUUAGCUUUUCAAGUCAGAUGUUCAUAUUUCUUUCUCCAUCUUCUGAAUUCUUGUAGUUUUUGAUUCUUGUUAAAUUUAUAAUAGAAUUUUAUGGUCUAUGAAAAUAUUUUAGAUUAAACAGCCACUGGUUCUUUAAUUUAUCAAUCUAAGUUAGAUCGUAUAAUACCUGUUGCCACAGCAAGAGCUAUAAAACACACAAGAACUGAAAAUCAAUCUAUUUGUAGAGAAAGUGUUUGAAACAAAAUAAUCAUAACAAGGGCUUAAAUUGUUCAAUUUAGACUAAUACAGAUUUUCUAACCUUCCAAUAAUUUGUUCAUAAUGGUGAAUCCUCUUCAUAACAUAUGAUCACACAUAAUUAUUAUUUUAAAUUAAUGAUCUCAGAUUAUGGGACUGCUUCCAUUUCAUACCUCUUAACAAUUCAGCUGGUUUGGCUCCAUAUUUUUGGAAAAACUGCUAAAUUGGCUGGUUGCUUCUGAAGGAGCUGCUGUUAGUGACACUCCGAGCCAAAGGAUGAAUGUUUUAACCCAAAGCAUAGCAUCAGUGCUUCCAUUUGGCUAUAGCAAUUUGUUUCGUUUUUUUAAUGUUACUUAUGAUUUUGAUAUGCCAUCUUACCUCUAGGAACUCAAAUGGUCUGCAUGAGAAUCUUCUUUUAUUUUAUCCUCACAAAAAUCACCCUAUGAAAUUGGCUGGAGCGAAAGAAUUGGAUCAAAAUUUCCAUGAUUGGGGCUGGAUGUGAAACUGGCUUUUCCUGGUCCUAUCCAAGGUUGGAGCAUGCUAGAAAUCCAGGAACAUUCCUUUAUCCAUCAACGGGAACAUUUAAGCCUGUAGAGGCUUUGCUUGGUUAAGAGUGGAUAAAAUAUACAGGUGAACUGAGAAGAGGUAUCAGAUAGCAAAGUGCUUCAAGAAAGUGUCCAAAAUUUUGUGGCUCCCAUGUGAACCAUCGUACUAAGGAGGUCAAGGAAACCAAAGAGCCAGUGUGGUCUAGAAUAGAAUAGAAUAGAAUAGAAUAGAAUUUUUUAUUGACCAAGUGUUAUUGGACACACAAGGAAUUUGUCUUGGUGCAUAUGCUCUCAGUGUACAUAAAAGAAAAGAUAAGAUACAUGGUUAGGUGUAAGCUUAGAAAUAGGAGACUGGGUUCUAAUCCUGCCUUAGGCACGAAAGCUGGCAGGGUGACUUUAGGCCAAUUGGCAGGAGACUGUGAGGUAUAGUCCCGCUUUAGGCAUGAAAACCGACUGGGUGACUGGGCCAGUUAUUCUCUCUAAGCCCAACACACCUCACAGGGUUGCUAUGAGAAUAAUGGGAGGAGGAAGGAGUAUUAAAUACGUUUGCUACUUCGAGUUAUUUAUAAAGUAAUAAAGGCAGGAUAAAAAUCAAAUAAAUCAAACCUCAGCCAUUCUUGUUUUGAACACAACUCCCCUUCCCCGGGAAACCAAAUAGCAGAUAAUGAUGUAAAAGGGGAAAAAAUCCUCCAGUGUUACCUUAUCUGACUAUCUGGACCAUCUAUGCAGUUUUAUUGAAGCAGUGGGAAAGUGCUCCAUCAUGACAACUUCAAAGGUGCUUUUGCGGUAUGUAUCCCUGCUUACAGUUCUGAAUUUCUGGGUCUGUUCUUCCAUCUAUGUUCUAGACACUUCUAUUCAGCCUACUUUCUCCUGCUCUGCGCUGUAAUGAUGUUCUAAUAUUCAAUUUGAAUUUUAUCUACCUUCUCCAUUCCCAUUCCUUCCUAUUAUUUUCUUUUCAGGUCUCCACUGAAAACCGGAUUUCUCACCUUAAAUUUGAAAAACUAUGUUUCUCAGAAACAAGUUCCAUUGUGUUCAGCAAGGUUUCUUUAUAAGCAUGUGCAAAAUGAUUACUUUUAGCACUUGUCUUUUGUAACUCAGGGCUAACAUUUUAUUUUCUCCAAAUCUUCACCUGUCCAAUAUCGAUAAUUUUUAAAAAAACCCCUUUCAUUAGCAUUCAAGUGUUAACUGUUGGAGAUUUUCCGAUAUAAAUAUGAUUUUAGUUAUUGGAAGAGCUAUAAUAUUGUUUUUCUUUUCGCAAUCCUUUGGUUUCAGUUUAAUGAAUUGAUUUCCCAUCAAAAUUUCAUUGUAAAACUAAGAAUGAUCAA